GGCGGGCGCGGAGGGCGGCGGAGCGGGCGCGGAGGGCAGCGGGGCAGGCGCUGCUGCCCGGGGUCACGCCUGCGGACGGGCUCGGCGGGCGGCGGUGGCUCGGCGGGCAGGCAGGCAGCCAUGAAGCUCGUCAUCCUGGAGACCUACGCGCAGGCCAGCGAGUGGGCGGCCAAGUACAUCCGCAACCGCAUCGUCCAUUUCGGGCCGGGGCCCGGGCGGUUCUUCACGCUGGGGCUGCCCACAGGCAGCACCCCGCUGGGCUGCUACGGGAAGCUGGUGGAGUACUGCCGGAACGGGGACCUCUCCUUCAAGUACGUGAAAACCUUCAACAUGGACGAGUACGUGGGUCUCCCAAGGGAUCACCCGGAAAGUUACCAUUCCUUCAUGUGGAAUAACUUCUUUAAGCAUAUUGACAUCUCAGCAGAAAACGUCCACAUUUUGGAUGGAAGUGCACCUGAUCUACAGGCAGAGUGUGAUGCGUUUGAGGAUAAAAUCAAAGCAGCUGGAGGAAUUGAACUCUUUGUUGGAGGUAUUGGCCCAGAUGGUCACAUUGCCUUCAACGAGCCUGGAUCGAGUUUGUCAUCCAGGACGCGGGUGAAGACCUUGGCUACAGACACUAUAUUGGCUAAUGCCAGGUUCUUUGAUGGUGACCUCUCCAAAGUCCCCACAAUGGCUUUGACGGUCGGAGUAGGCACUGUUAUGGAUGCCAGAGAGGUGAUGAUUCUUAUCACAGGAGCCCACAAAGCCUUUGCUUUGCACAAAGCCAUUGAGGAAGGUGUCAACCACAUGUGGACAGUAUCUGCUUUCCAGCAACAUCCCAACACUGUGUUUGUGUGCGAUGAGGAUGCCACACUGGAACUCAGAGUUAAGACAGUGAAAUACUUUAAAGGUUUAAUGCUGGUUCACAACAAGCUUGUGGAACCCUUAUACAGCAUGAAGGACACAGGAGCAGAACGAAGCGAGGCUAAGAAGCCAUACAGCGAUUAAUCUCGCUGUCCAGAGUAGUGCUGAACCAGCCUUUCUGUUGGAAACCAGCUGUGAAGAAAGGGAGUUACUGCAGAAACUCUUCUCAUACAUGUUCAUAAAUUAGCAAAAUGAUUAUGUGCUUGCUUCUUUCCAUUAAAAAGACAGAUGCCAAACACCUGCCUUAACCAAA